AUGGUCCGCAAGCUCCGAGUCGCCGCCGCUCAAGUCGGCCGCAUCGACCGCGGCGCACCUCGCGCCGACAUCAUCGCUCGACUCGUCGCCCUCCUCGAGCAGGCCGCCGCUCAGCGAGUCAAGCUGGCCGUCUUCCCCGAAACCACCUUCUCGACCUUCUUCCCGCGCUACUUCAUCGAGGACGACGCCGAGCUGUCGUCCUACUUCGAGAAGGAGCCGGCCGAGGGCAUCGCACACUGCGAGUCGGUCAAGGCCUUCUUCGACCGGGCAAAGGAGCUGGGCGUCGACGUCGCGAUCGGGUACGGCGAGGAGACGGCCGACGGCCAGCGCUUCAACUCGGCAUCGUACGUCGACUCGAGCGGUCGAACGGCGGGCAAGUACCGCAAGAUCCACCUGCCCGGUACCGUCGAGCCGUUCAGCAAGGAGCCAGGCGUCACGAACCAGCUCGAGAAGCGCUACUUCACGCCGGGCGACCUCGGCUUCAACGCGUUCCGGGCCCCGUCGCUCAAGCAGGCGUGCGGCGGCGCCAAGUCGCCCAUUGUCGGCCAGCUCAUCUGCAACGACCGGCGGUGGGCCGAGGGCUGGCGAGUGCUCGGCUUGCAGGGCGUCGAGAUCGUCUGCAUCGGGUACAACACGACGGCCUGGGCGCCGCAGCUGUGGGGGGUCGACCCGGCGUCGAUGAGCCGCGACGAGGCGUACGCCGACGCCAUGUUCCACCACAAGCUCGUGUGUCAGUCAAACGCCUACACCAACUCGACCUUCCUCAUCACCUCGGCACGCUGCGGCGUCGACGACGGCGUGCACCCGCUCAUCUCGGGCUCAAUGAUCGUCGACCCCGAGGGCCACAUCGUCGCCGAGAACCAGACCGAGGACGACGAGCUCGUUGUCGCCGACAUCGACCUCGACGCGUGCCAGCAGGGCAAGACCAAGACGUUCGCGUUCGCCAAGCACCGUCGCGUCGAGAUGUACGGGCGCAUCUGCAGCCAGACGGGCGUCGUCGAGCCUGAGGAGCCCGCAGCAUGAGCAGCUCGAGCGACCUGGAACGAGCACUUUUUUGCGGCCGAGCCGCUCAACUCGCCUGCG